UCUAAGAAGAAGUUGAAAAAUAUCAAAACAUUAUUUAUUUUUUAACUUCAACAAUGAACGAAAGGAAUUUCAUUUAUCUCAUAGUUUUCGAGGUUAUUGUACUUGAACUUAGCAAUGGAACAUCAGAAUUAAUCACAGAUGAAACUAAAGCUAGAUUAUUUGCACAGCAUGCAAGUGAUAAAUUUUUCAAUACAAUCGAUACUAUCGAAACAGAAAUGAGUCACGAAAAUAGUAAUUCAGAUGCUGAAAUGUUAUUUCAAAAUAUAUCAACAAUUGCUGCUAAUAUUUUUGAAGAAACUAAAAAGUUUGACUUUAAAAAUUUUAACGAUAAAAAUUUAAAAUUUAUUUUCGAAUCGAUUCGUGAUUGUGUUGGUGAAUUUGUUAUUGGCCAAGAACGAUCUUAUGAAAUAUUUUAUACAAUUUAUCAGUUGACUAAUUUGUCAAAAUCUCAUGAUAUUAAAGAAUAUCAUGAUGGAAGUAUUGAUGUUAAAUAUGAUCCAGAUGUUAAAAAUAUUAUUAAAUCAACAAAUGAUACAGAUGAGUUGGAAUAUUAUUGGACAGAAUGGAGGAAAAUUAGUGGAGCAUGGGCAGACAAUCAUUUACAUACUUUGGUUGAGGGAUUACAAGAAGCUGCAAAGUUUAGAGGUAAUGUAGUUUUAUUUGAUUUUAUCAAUAUAAAGGGCUGUAAAUAAUUGUAUCAUAACUAAAAAUUUUAAUUGAGAAAGUUUAAAUAAUUAAGUCGGUCAUUUUUAUUCUUAACGAUCACUUUGGCAUUUUCCGCUGCUAUUUGUUCGAGAUUUCUUGUCGAAGAAAUCUAAAACUGAGUCUAAUGUCAAUGACGACUAAAAAAAUCAAUAAUAGUUAUGAAAAAAAAUCUCGCAUACUUUUAAGAAUGUGAGUCUAAUGACAAAAAUGAAAUUUUCUUGAAAAACUCAAGAAAUGAGCCUAAUGCCAAAAACAACUAAAAAAAAACAAAAAUUGUCUGGAAAAACUCUAAGAAGAAUGAUGAAUCUAAAUCUAAGGCAAAAAAAAAUAUUUUUCCUCGAAAUACUCUAAAAAUGAGUGUAUCCCAAAAACGACUCAAAAAUCAUCACGGGCAGAAAAAACUUUAAU